GCGGAGCGCCUGAUGAGAAUAAAGGUGCCGUUGAUGGUAGUGAAAGUGGUGAAAAUGUUAGUUCAGAAUACAGUGAUAGUGAGGACGAAUACUAUGAUUAUGACGGCGGAGUAGAAUACUACGAUGGUAGUAACGAACCUAAAAUGGAAUUACCUGAGGACUGUGUAUCAUUGAAAUAUUUAAAACUCAAACGAAUUUGUGAUGGUCUUUAUCCAGCAAUUUUAGCCGAAAACUACGAGGAUAUACUCGCAGAUAUGAACGAACCAUUCGCUGUAUUUCAAUUUCCAUAUGAGGACACAAAUCGCUACUUCUUGACUUUUCAACACAAUGUUCCAAUGAAUCCGGUGAGACCAAAGAUAUACUCAUGAAGCGCGGCAUCAUGCGUUGUAUGCGUUAUGAGUCCGAUGCGAUUGAUUUACUAUUGGGAAUGUGUUCGAAGCAAUUAAAUGAAAGCUCUGUAUUCACUGCUUUGCAUUAUUCCCAAUUAUUAACGAUACCGCGAAGCGCAGGUGGCAAAGAGGAACUGCGAAUGGAGUGGUGUUUACAUGUGGGAUUUGUGACGUUGUGAUUUGCUUGAAUUGACACGUGUGCCGCUAAUACUCCACGCUUUGACCUUCAAAAGGUGGAUCGCCCUUUAUGCUCAAUUAAAAUCGAACUCAUCAGCAAGGACUCUCAACUAACCGACAGCUGUCAAAACUGUGUAUAACAGCUCCCAUCGAACGCAUCACUCUCCCGUAAACAACGCUUACGCUCGUGUGCGUAAACCACUUUAAUCAUUGCUGCCCUUAGCACCGUCACCAUUUCCACCAUCAGCACCAUUGAGCACCCGGCAGCGUCCGACUCCGCCUCCACUUCCGCCUCCACCUCUGCUGCCGCUCCAACCGCUGCAAUGCGUCGCUCCUCAUUUACGCCCGUCUUCAGUUUGAGCACUCAAGAGCCGCUCAUUGUUGUGGAGGAGACAAAUACCGUUGAGGAUGGCGAGGAUGCGGAGGGUGCCGCCGGUGGUGCUGAUACCGCAGCAGCAACACGCAAGUCCACCAGCGACGAUUCUGAUCCCGACUCGCCCGUCAAUCCAUAUUUGUUAUGCCCAUUUCCGGACAUGCAACAGCGACGCAAACACUCUUUGCCAUCACUGCAAAUCACCGAGGGUAUAACAGCCAGUCAGGUGCGCCGCUUGUCGGAGGUGGGCGGAGAGAAUGGUGGGCUUAGUCCGAAGGAAGUCGAGUUUCUGGCAACAUUGUCGCAGAAAGCAAAUCCCGCCGCGGGUGGCCGCAGACAUUCGGUUGUUACAAUUUCUGCCGUGCCACCGACAUUGUUUGGUCGCAAUCGACGGGAGUCGCUAACAGGCAUGCCGCUCAGCGGUGGCAGUCGACGUGGUAGCAUUAUUCAAGGACCACCACUAACCGAUCAUCGAGGCAGUAUUCAUAAUUUACAGCUGGACAUCAUGGAUGGCAUUGUGCAGACACGAAAACGUGCCGGCAGUGGUGUGUGGACGGCACCAGUACUGCAGGAGACCGAGAAUAAUGUGCCAGUGCAAACAUAAAUUAUAACAACGUCCCCCUACCCCACCAAUCGGCCCACUACCAUCAUACUAAAAACUAAUAACAUCAUCGACAUCAACGGCAGCAACAGCAGCAACAACAAGAGCAACAAGAAAGAUGAAAAAAAUGUUAGUCAAAUUAGCAGCAGCAGCAGCAACACAAUUAAGCAGAAGUGCAGCGGCAAUAGCAAAAAGCAAAACUCAGUAACGGGCAGUUUGGAGGGUGCAACAGCUGAAACAACAACAGCAGCGACAACGGCAACACCAGCAACUGGUAAUGGACCAUCAACAUCAUGGCACAGCAAUUUAGUUUCACGUUUCGGCGCAUUGCUCUGUUGGCAAUCGCUGGACUGUUGAAGCGGCGGCAAAGCGGCGAAGAAGUGACUUGUGUGCGACUCCAGCAGUGUAACAGCGAGAGAUUGUGGCGCACACAUUGCGAUGUGUGGCAAGUAUGGUGGCUCUGCCGGUGGUCGAUUUAGAAGUCAACCGAACAGCGAUGACCAACCGGAAAUGUCAACAGUGCACAGCGUGAGUCAACAAUACGGUCUAGCUCAAUUUGGUAGCAACAUGUGGAUGCAAUCAUCAACAUUUCCGUAUUCCCAACUGGCAUGAGUCAAGAAAUCGCCACACACACACGCACACGCGCGAGAGUCACAAGUCCAUCGAUUUGCUAGUUAUUUGUGCAGGCACAUAUGCGUUUAAUGGCAACCGCAUUGGCGCUGUGCCGUCAUAAACUUGCCAAAGGUCAGCCGUGGGGGGACGUUGGAGAGAAAAAGAAAUUACUUUAUAUUUUCAGUUUACUCGAUUUCUAUUGUUUGAAAUGUAAAGAAUGGUGUAUAAUCAGAGCUCGAAUGAUUACUGGACAAUUCUCGUACAUAUUCGAAGAGAAUACAAAAGUGAAGCGGAGAGCAAUGGGUGCAUAAGCAUGUGGAUAAUGGUCAACUUUAAUACUGCACAUUUUGAAGGGUUGGAAUAAAACAACAAAUAAUAUUAAAUACAAAUAAACUAUAACAACAACAACUGCAACAAGAGAAUCAACUCUAAUCUCCCAAAUGCACCAUGCACCAAUUAUUUACGAAGGAAUAAUUGAAAUCACUCAACAAGCAAUGGAAAUUACAAAUACACUCAUACCUAUAUAACGAUAAUCAAACCAAACAGAAAUUAACACUUUGAUGAGAUUAUAAAAAGGACAUAAUUAAUUAUUAUUAAAUCAGGAAUUGAUAAAUUAGUGGUUAAAUAUAUAUAUAAAUAUAUAUAUGUGUAUUUACAGUACUUGUGUGUGUAUAUGUUUGUAUAUUUUCGAAUUGCACCCAGCAAAUACGCUUACUUACAUAACAUACAUACAUACAUGCAUACAAACAAACAUGCAUUUGCUGUGUAUGUACUGCAGUAUGUAUGUGUAUGCGUGUUGAAUAAACAAAAAUAAGCAACGGUAUGGAUAAUAAGGAAAGUAAAAUAAUAAUCAUGUAUGAAAGUAGUAAAUACAAUUAAAUAUAAAUUAAAUAUAAACUGUA